AUGAAACCUUCGAGUACUAAGGCUUUGUCGUAUGAAGGAUUGCAUUCUGAAGAGGAGCUGGUCGUGCUCAAAGCGAUAGUGGCACGAGAAGCCGGACUCGACAAGCUGUUGCGGUGUUGUUGCUCAUUUAAAGACGAUUCAAGUGUUGAAUUACUGGAAGCUCUUUUGCAGGUUCGAGACUUGUCGCUGGCUACAGUGGCAGCCAUUGCUGGGUGGCGACGUCAUUUGACUCAACUUCGUCCAUUUCAAUGGCGUAAUACCAACUACAUUUUGAAAAUGACCAGUGAUUUGGACUUUGUUAGCAAAAGUCACGUAGCAACUGCGGCGAUGGAUGGAGUUCGAUUACCUCGAAGGAAUCCCUUUUCAACGAUUGGUGGCUUAGAUCACAGCAUGUCCAUGAUUUGGACUCAUGAAAUGCCGGAAGAAGAGGAUUUGUGGAUAUUGCUGGAUUCCACUUCGAUUACACCCGGCCAUGUGACGCUGGACGUGCCUUUUAACAUCCACCUGGCCGAAAGCUUCUUGCUUUGUGAAGAGCAUCGCUAUGGCAAACUUUCCCGAACUCAAGCAGCUGCUGAUCAACGACUUCAAGAACUUGUGCGAAAGGAAGCAGAUUACUCGUCAAAGACGCGUUUUGGAGCAGUAGAGGGACACAAUCAACAAAAAGCAGUCCUCGAUGGAAAGCGCCUGUUUCAUUAA